AGAGCAGCGCGCGGGCAGCGAUGGCCGGCCGGGAGCAGCGCGCACCCGGCGGCCCCGAGCGGGUGGCGCUGAAGAAGGAGAUCGGGCUGGUGAGCGCCUGUGCCAUCAUCAUCGGUAAUAUCAUUGGCUCUGGGAUCUUUAUUUCCCCGAAAGGAGUUUUGGAGCACGCCGGCUCGGUGGGACUGGCUCUCAUUAUUUGGGUGCUUGGUGGCGGUGUGGCUGCCCUGGGCUCGCUGUGCUACGCUGAACUGGGAGUCACCAUCCCCAAGUCAGGAGGGGAUUAUUCCUAUGUCACUGAGAUUUUUGGUGGGUUAGCUGGGUUUCUGCUGCUGUGGAGCGCAGUGCUUAUCAUGUACCCAACUAGUCUGGCUGUCAUUGCACUGACCUUCUCAAACUAUGUCCUGCAGCCUGUCUUCCCUACCUGUGUUCCCCCCUAUAAUGCCUCCAGGAUCCUCUCCAUGGCAUGUUUACUCCUCCUGACGUGGGUGAACAGCUCCAGAGUGCGAUGGGCAACGCGCAUUCAGGACAUAUUUACAGCAGGAAAACUCUUAGCCCUGACCCUUAUCAUUAUUGUGGGCCUCAUACAGAUCUUUAAAGGAAACUACAAAGAGUUGACACCAAGCAAUGCAUUCAGAUUUUGGAUGACUCCAUCCGUGGGGCAUUUAGCAUUAGCUUUCCUUCAAGGGUCCUUUGCAUUCAGUGGCUGGAACUUCUUGAACUAUGUAACAGAGGAGCUGGUUGAUCCCUGCAGGAACCUACCUCGUGCCAUAUUCAUAUCCAUCCCAUUGGUGACAUUUGUGUAUACGUUCACCAACAUUGCAUAUUUCACUGCCAUGUCUCCCCAAGAGCUCUUGUCCUCCAACGCUGUGGCUGUAACAUUUGGUGAAAAGUUACUGAGCUAUUUUUCCUGGGUUAUGCCAGUCUCAGUGGCCCUAUCUACAUUUGGAGGAAUAAAUGGAUACCUUUUUACCUCAUCAAGGUUGUGUUUCUCUGGUGCUCGGGAAGGCCACUUGCCAAGUUUGCUGGCCAUGAUCCACGUCAAGAACUGCACGCCCAUCCCUGCCCUUCUCCUCUGUUGUUUGACCACCCUCAUCAUCAUACUCGUUGGAGACACAUACACACUAAUCAACUACGUGUCCUUCAUUAACUACCUCUGCUAUGGAGUGACCAUUAUAGGCCUGAUUGUUUUACGCUGGAAGAAACCCCAAAUCUUCAGACCUAUCAAGGUGAACCUCCUCAUCCCCAUCACUUACCUGGCGUUUUGGGCAUUUCUGCUGAUCUUCAGCUUGUACUCUGAGCCAGUCGUCUGUGGGGUUGGACUAAGUAUCAUUUUAACCGGAGUGCCAGUGUUUUUCCUUGGAGUCUACUGGAGAAAUAAACCAAAGUGUGUAAAUAGGCUAAUAGAGUCCCUGACGUGCUGGGGGCAGAAGCUGUUUUUUGUGGUGUACCCUCAGUGUGGAAGUGCUGAGGAGGAGGCCUCCUCAGCCCACUCCUGGCGACUGGUGAGCGAGACAGCACUGAGGAAAUAACAACAGCGUGGCCUUUGAGGCUGAAGUGGCUUCUUGUUUACAUGCUGAUUUUUGAAAAAAGUUUUUCUGGAAAAAAAAAAAAUUUGGUUUAGAGCACCAAUAGUGAAGCUCAUCAAAUGAGCUACAUCCUUUGUGGUCUCUGUAGCUUUUAGUUAUUCCUUAAGAAAAAA